CAGCCUCGGGGAGUAUAUAUCUACCAUCACCUGUCAACAUCAUCAGAUACUUUCUCUUAUUCCUCAUCCCAACGAUCAGCUUUCAGGUUCACUCACACAGUCGCUCUCUACUUUCCAACUUAGUCACUCUUUGACAUCUCAAGCUCUCAGCUUUUUCCACCGCUUAAUAUACCCUUCCCGUCGAUACCACAUCGCUAGCCAAAAUGCGUUUCUCUAACAUCGCUCUCGCUGCCUUCUCCUUUGGCUCUGCCAUCGCCGCCCCGGCUGCUCACCAGAACAAUGCUCGUGCCCUCGAGAUUCUCGCCACUGCCACUGCCACUGUUGGCACUGUCCAGAGUUCCGUUGACGUGGAACUCAAGUCUAUCUCCAACUUGUUGUUGGACGUUAACGUCAACAUCAACGCUUCUGCUCUGAUCCCCCAGCUUGAGCAUGCUCUCCUCAACAUUGCCGGCGAGGUUACCAAGAUCGUUGGCGAUGUCACGCCUCUUGUUACUGAGGAUAUCCCCAAGUUGCUUGAUUCUGAGCUUAAGACUGUCCCUCAGCUAUUGAACGGCGUGCUCUCCAUCGCUACCGGUGUUAAGGCUGCGGCUGACCAGAUCACCAAGACUGUCCCUGCUGAUGUCCUGAAGGCUGUCCAGCCUGAGCUUCAGCUUGUCCUCUCUACCGUCGAGCCCGUCGCCAAGCCCGUCCUCAGCUUCGCCCUUAAGGUUGUUAGUGGUGUCGUCAGUCCUCUUGCUGAUGAGAUCAACGGUCUGGUUGGUCAGCUCCAGGGUGUUGUUGGUGGCCUUCUUAAGCUCGUCGGUGGCAUCCUCGGCAGCAUCCUAUAAGUGCAUCGCGUUACAGUGUAGUGGUAGUUGAUACCUGUGUUGAAGGAGUAAUUGGAAAAGCAUAUAGAGGCCGGAAAUCUGCAUGCUCAUGAUUAGAUGCUUGGAUACCUUUUGGCAUUUAUAAAAUUUAGCGCGCGAGCCGAUAAUCUUCAAUUGAUAGCAUAGAGUUGUAUGUCCCCAUUUGAGUUUGUUUCUGUUAUGUGAAAUCGUAAUCGUAUUCAUUUUAAUCCACUGUGAGUGUGAGUGGAGACUCGUGAUAUUUUCCAAUUAACUA